GUUCUGCCAUUAUUAAUUUGUGCUUGUGUUAAUAUUUCCAGAAGAAGGAAAAAGAAAAAAUUAAAUUGCCAACAGAAGAUUUUAUAUCAAGUUCAACCCAAGAUGCAUCUAGCAGUGGUGAAUAUGAAACUUUAGGAUCCACAGCUGCUAGUGCUUCUGGCCUUCCAGCAAUUAUGGCGGCAAAAUCGAUGGAAUUCUCUUAUCAAGAACUAGCCGAGGCUACAAAUAACUUCAACUCUGAUAACAAAAUUGGUCAGGGUAGAUUUGGAGCAGUCUAUUUUGCAGAAUUGAGAGGCCAAGUAAAAGCAAGCCAAUUAUAUCUUUAAUAAUGUUAUAUAAUCUUCCAGAAUUAAAAGGAAAAAUAAAUUAUCUUUGACCAUUUAGUUCUUUAUCUGCAUAAUUUUAUUGAUAGUUAAAGAUAGUAAAAAUGGUAGUUAGGCAUUUGGCAAACGAAUAAAAUUGAUGAGACGUGGCAAGGGACCACAUACAUAUACAUUAUAAUAAUAAUAAUAAUAAUAAUAAUAAUAAUAAUAAUAAUAAUGCUACAAGAUUAGUGGUCCUAUCUAUAUAUGAUUUUGCAAACCUUUGAUGAAAAUUUCAAUGCUAGUUGGUGAAGAUCAACACAAAAAGUCCACAAAACAACAAAGAGGUGGUGGAGCCAUGAAGGUAUUAAUAUGUCAGCAUGAAAGGUAGCUCUAAAUUAUAAAAUGUUCUUCUAUUGUUGUGUUCUGUUCUAACCAAAAUUCACAUAUCAGAAACCCGUGAGCAUCACAGUGUAACUCUCACAAGUUUUCAUAACGGUGAGUUCCAUAUAGGAAUAAUAACAAGCAAAGAUUUUUGUAUAUAAAUCCAAGGCUAUAAUCUGCAGCUUUUGGAGUGUUCAGCAAAGUUGAAAUUAAAGAUAUCAUAUAUCUCUUGAUGAGAUAUUAGGAAGAGUUAAUUAUCUUAUGGAGAUUUCAUCUGAAUUGGUUGCAAAUUUUGGGCUAACUAAACUUAGGGAAGUUGGAAGCUUUUUAUCACUUCAUACUCGUCUUGUGGGAACAUUUGGAUACAUGCCUCCAGUUGGAUCAAAAUGCUUCAACCAGCUAAAGGUUGUUACGGGCGCAGCACCAACAAUACUUCUGGCAAUCAAAUCAGAAGAAAACAAGCUACAAGAAGUCAUGGUUGGAUUAGCAGCAAAUGUUUUCACAUUCAUGUCCUCUCAGGAAUCAAGCUAUGUAUUUCAAGAAGCCGGAAUCAUUGAAGUUGAACUGGCAAGUAUACUAGUAGAUAUUCUCAAGAAGCACAAGUAUCCGGCAACAAAGGUGCUGAGGAUAGGGAGGUUUGCCAUAGAGUUUGCGAUUUAGAUGAUGAAAGACAAAGCAGAAAACAUAGAUACCUUCAAGCAUAUGGGAAUGGAGAAGGUGCUGGAAGGUGUAUUAGAAAUCACAUCAGAGCUUGAAAGCUUCAAUGUUUUCUCUGGUACUGUUGGAUUGAACAGGCACAAUCUAACAAUUCACUCACUGGUUGAGACAGCCUUCAAGUUGCUGGAAAAUAGGUGAAGUAAUACAUCACUUUUGAACCAUAUUGUAAAAUCAGUAAUCCAUGUUAACCUUGAGCAAAAAUUGUAAAUUUGUGACACUGUACACUGUUGUUUGUUUUGUGUAAAUGUGUAUUAUCCCACAUUAAUUUUGAUUUUGGUUUUUGGUUU